AUGGCGUCAACAUUCAGGCAAGGCUCGGAGACGGCAGAGAACUCUUUGGCAAAUCAUUGGGGACAGCUGAUCUUUACCCACGACAGUAAACCCCCUGUUUUAAUCAGCAAAGAGGUUGUAAGAUUAGGACGAAAGGAAGGUUAGAAAGACCAAAGAUUGUGCACAGAUUUAAGCUUAUAUGCAGUCAUGUAAGCUGGCUCACAAUUUUUACUUGAAUGCUUUGAAAAAGCUAAGUCUUAUAAUUUGUUACGUAUUUGACAGAUUGUGAUAUCAGUUUUGCUGGAUGUAAAUUUGUAUCUGGUCAUCACUGCAGUUUGUCAAGAGAUCCUGAUGGUAAAAUCUGGAUUGAGGACGUCAGGUAUAGACGUAUAUAAUUCCCUGCCAGCGCUCUAAUCAGGUCGCUUUUCCUUCCGGGUGAAGAAAGGUCCCCCUCUUUGGACCAGGUCCAUGGACCGCUUUCAUGGACCGGGUCCAUGGACGCCCUGUCAUGGACCAGGUCCAUGGACAGUUUUUUUUUAUUUUAAUAAGGUUUUGCACCAGGUCCAUGGGCACUCAAAAACAGAAAUAGUGCCAAAAAAAGAUUUGACGAGAUACUGUCAACCAAUGCUCACGAUUGAUCACAAAUAUUUAGUUGUGCAUGACGUACACUCUGCCUGCACAUGUGCAGGCGCAAGACUGUUAAAUUAAGCUAAUUUGAAAGUUAUCACCAAGAGAGGAAUUACGCGCUCCAGUCCAAAGACUCGUAUCACCCUUAGAAAAAUAAGCUGGAGUUAAGAAUUCAUUGCUUUUAGAGCAAUCAUGACUGAGUCACAUCGCAAUUCUCCAUAGUUGAUGUAGCUUCAGUUUAAGCAACAAUCCAAUGCCACUUCUUCUUCUUCGAGAUCUGGAUCUGUAAAUCACUAUCCAUGAGAAUUUAUAAUCAUCCUGCUAAAAGAGCUAAGGAGCCUUUUAAUCAGCUGCAAUGAACAGCUUUACAUUUUAAAAGAGGUAGAAAAUCAAUAUGUGUCACGACCUCUCAGUAUGAAAUAAGCGGCAAAAAUUCACAUUUGCUCAGUCAAAAGGUUUUCCUCCGAAGCAUAAUCUACCCAUCAGAGAAAACAAUUCAUUGGAACAGGCAGCAUUUUGGCAUGAGGUACCNCCCCCCCCCCCCCGCCCUUUUUUACACUAUGUAAGCUCAAUUAUAAACAUUACUGAUCAAUCGAGCAUUGUUUGUUGUUGUUGUUGUUUUUUAACCUUAUUUUUACACUAUUUCUGUUUCUGUUCAUUUCUCAUUAUUAAAAAAAAACUGUCCAUGGACCUGGUCCAUGACAGGGGGUCCAUGGACCCAGUCCAUGAAAGUGGUCCAUGGACCCAGUCCAAAGUGGGGGUCUAUGGACCCCUGGUCCAUGCUUUGUCCUCACCCAAAAGAAACAGCUAGUCCACUUAAAAUAGCCACAGAAUUUCUUUUUCUGAAAAAUGCCCAAAGAAAAAAUUGUAAAUAGUUUUAAAUAAAUGUAAUUAAUAAAUAGCUAAGCCUAUCUACAAAAUUAAUUAUGUUGGUGUUUCUUUUAGCACCAAUGGGUCUUUGCUGAAUGGAAAGAAAAUUACAAAAAAUGAGGUAAAAAGAAUUUGUGUCACUAAUUCAAUGACUGUUUCUGUUAAGUCAAUAUUGUCAUUCCAAGCUGUCACUUAAAUUUUAUGUUGCUAGGUCCAUGCAAAAAUGAUGCAGUGGGGUUUAUUUUUCUUUUGUUUCCAAGAUAGAAUAGAGGGAUCAUGUUCAUAUGGAAUCCCUGGCCCCUGGCCCGAAUUAGUGACAGCCUUAUAUUAGUCAUUAUUUAUGCAGUUUAUACAUUAAAACAGAAACAAACUUUUUAAAUACAGAAAAUACAGAUCUCGCACAAUGAUCAAGUGCAAAUAGUUCAUCGCAAGGACCCUGGAAGUGGUAGGUGUCUUUCAACAUUUGUUUUGAAAUUGUUAAUAAAUUAAUUCUAUAAAGCUGUGACCACAGCUUUUAAUUCUUGUAACAUUUUUUGCAGACAUUGCAUUUGUGUUUCAAGACCUGAAGUUCUUGAGGGAGGAGGCUGCACUUCUAGACAAUACUUUAGAAUAUCAAAUUGAUACAGGUUUGCACUGUUAAUUAAUUUACAGGUUAUAUUAAUUUCUCAAAGUUCAUGUGUCUUCAAAACAGCAAGAAAUACACAAAUCUGACACUUUGAGACUCUUAUCUUGAAAUUAAUCAUAAUACCACCAGAUUUUCAAGACCUGAUCAAAAUUUUCUCUUAAGGUAUAUGAAUUUUAAGGUACUAAUAUUAAGAAUGUUCUUCAUGGUAACCUGAGAUCAGGCUCUAUUUUUGUUUCACUUUGAAAAUAAUAUUCCAGUGGGCAAGGCAAAGGGUAGCCAUUAGAGAGAAUGUGUGAGAACCGCUAAAAUUGGGCCUGAUCUCAGGUUACUCCAUGGGGGCCUGUCAGCUGUUGUGACUUACUACUUUGAUUGAUGAGCUUUUUUUAAUUUCCUUGUGGUCAGAAAUGCCGAUAAUUAUCUUGAAGAAUGAAGAGAAAAAAGUUUUGCUAAAGGAAAACACUUAUAGCAGUUUACUGAAAAGAAGCUGAAAAAUAAUUUGUAAUGUCUUUUAAUGCGUUAUUAUUUUACUGGUUAUUUGUUUCUGUUGUAGAAGAGGAUAAUUCAGAUGAUGAAGAGAUUUAUCAUCGAGAAAAAAGAUCCCAUAGUGAGGUACAUAGUAUUAUGUUUCUAAGAAACAGCAGUUAAAACAACAUCUGAUUAUUAUUCAUAUGUUAUAGGAGCUGUAGAUCACUAAUUAACAAUUAUUUCAUGAGUACAUGUUGGAUAUGAGGUGGUAGAUAGCCAAGGAAGAACAUAGCGCCGAGUUGCCUAUAAUCAUCUCAUAUCCAACAAGCGCAAGUGGAAUAAUUGUUUUAUUUAAAAUGCCCACAAAAUAUCGAGAAUUCUUUCCAACUUUAUUUGUAAGAACAACUGAUUUUCAGCUUGUUUUUAAUUUUGAACAAACAUGUACAGUUACCAGGGAGAGCAUGGUAUAAUGGCUCAUAUACCAUGAUGGCUGAGCCAAUCAGAGCUCUAGAACUGCAUUAUCCAAUGAUUCAGUUUUUAAUCAUUAGUAACAGACCUCCUGCAGUUUUUCCUGCAAAUGAAUAAUUCAAUAAAUAAAUGAAUAAUUCAUUGUUUAAUUAUUAAACAAGCAAACAAAUCAUAUGAAAAAGGACCUCUUUUGUGGUUCAGUUUUGUCUUUGGUUUGGCAAAGACAUCUAUUCACUGUGUAAGGCAAUUAAGAAAAUCAAACAAAAUUAUCUCAAUACGAUGUUGGAGAGAACAUUAACCAAGGCUGGUUUGAACCACCAGAAAGGCUGGGACAUGCCUGAUUUGUAUGUUUCCUGAUUCUGAUGGGAGGUGGCCAUGGGUAGGGACUAAGCACUCAAAAAUGAAGACAUGUAGCCUUUUUUCACCUGAGCCCCAGUUCCCAAGGUCAAGGUCACUCUGUGAUCUUGCUGGCGGUUUUCGCUGAGUAUAAGGUGAUUCAGUGAGCAAGAUGGACAGUUACUAUGCUGUUGGUAUAUAUGGACAGUUGUCUACACUAUCUACUGUUGCUAUGCUCUUGUUAAGAAGAAUUUUGUUUUAAAUUGAUUUUGUCCUUGGUUUGAAAUUUGUUUUCCUUGCUUCUGAUUCAUUACCCCAAAACAAAGAAAAAUAAAAUUUAAUGCAUGGAUAAAAUUGAACCAGUGCUCGGUAGGAUGAUGUGAAAAAGUUUCACCAAUCUUCAUAAUAAAUUAUGUUGUUGUCCUAGUUUUCUAACCUUCAUAAUUAUACAUUUAUACUCUGUAUUUAAUUAGCAUCAACUAAAUUUUAAAACUCAGAGCAAGAAUUUCAAACACAUUGAAUAUUUGGUUUAAGAAGCUCAAACUUCAACAGCAAUGUAAAAUGAGGUUACAUAACAGAUUAAAGAUUGUUAUGUAUUCUCUGCAGAGGAUUGCAAAUGGCUGAUGCAAUAGGUGUACAGGUUGUUGUAAUCAAAUCAAAUCAAAUCACUGGUUUUAAUAUUCCAUUAUUUUUCUGUCAUUUCCUGCUAUUUCUUCUCACACUUUGCUUCUUGCCAACUACAGUGUACUAGCACCAGUCAGAGCAUUUGAUAGCUUUAUCUCACUGUUAUUUUUCCUUUUCAUUCAGGUCAGUGAUACUGAUGAUGGUCCAAAGGCAAAGAAGAAACAUGCAGAGGUAGCAGGCACGUCUGAUGACAAGAAACCAGCUGACUUAGUAACUCAUAAUUCCAUUGCAGAAACACUUGUAUGUAGCAUCUGUCAGGUGAGAUGGGAAGAUUCAUCAGAUUCUUAAAAAGAGCUCCAUGAACUGAUAGAUUUUUAAAUAUCCAAUGUAGAUUUCUUUUGGUAUAGUGCACUGGAACAUCCAUUUGUCCACAGGAAGCCAAGCUAUGACAGCGCUUUUGGAAGCAUUGCCAAUCAGUGUACAUUUAUUCAUUUUAGCUUGAAACGUUUAACAAGACCUGCAAGCAGUUACAAGCAAAGCUACAUUUUGUAUCAUCUCAAAGUUUUUAGAAAAAAUGUGGUUUUUAAGGUGGUGCAGUGAUUAUAAAGUGACUUUAUUAAAAGCUUGUUUUGCACAAAUACGUAAAUACCGAUCCAUCACAAAGCAAAUUUGCAACAGUCUACAGGUGGCAGAGGUAAAAAUUUGUUUGCAUGUUAGUCACGGUUAAUCUUUACCAUUGAUUCUUGAAAUCGCUCAAGAAUUUUGGCAAUGAUACUUUUAGUUUUUAGGCCAUCACGCAGACGCUAUGAGAAUUGUUUAGCCUGUGACGGGUUUUCGUCACUCAUAAGAGGGUGGUGACCUACCUUUAGAGCAGUAUACUGUCAUAUACACGCUGUACCGUAAAUGAUCUACAGUGUAAUAGACAUUAGAGGCAUCUAUUUGAUUUUAGGAACCCAAGCAAGGGUGUUUAUUAGAUAUGUGUAGGAGGUAGCAUUUAAAAGGAAAGGGAGAUAGGGAGCAUUUUUAAAGAGGGGCAUCUAAUACAAACUUAAAAGCGUAAAAGGGCAUUUAUUUAGACAUGAGAUGUUUAUUUUUUAAGAGAACGUAAAUUACAUUUUAUCUUUUCACCUGCCCUUAGGGCUAAUAACUUUGAUUUUUUCCCAAAUAUUACAGGAUAUCUUCUAUGACUGUGUGAGGUAGGUUGACUGGCCUGGCUAGCUGUCUUAAUAUUUUUUUUCCAAUGCUUGAAGUUCCAAUAUUGAACAAAGGAACAAAUGGAAAAAUCUUCAAUGGUUAGCUUUUGUUGGGAGGGCAAGAUCUGCAUUUUUUCUUUGUACUCCUCAAAAAAAGGAUGCUGAACUAGUCCAAGUAGAUUAAAAAUGUCUUAGUCUGCAAAUGUACAUGUAGGUAAUCUAGAGAUUUUUUACCCUUAAAAUAGUUAUUUAAGAGAAACAAUAGUUUGUCAAAAACUGUUUAUUUUACCUUCCACAAUGAUGAUAGACACACUUUUUUUGGAGGGUGUAAAGGCUUAUUUCUGUUUUGAAUUUGGUUUGUUUUAUUUCUAUUUUUUGCAGUCUGCAGCCCUGUAUUCAUUCAUUUUGUGCAGCAUGUUAUUCACAGUGGAUGGAUAGAUCCAGUGAUUGUCCCAGUGUAAGACACAAGUUGCCAGUUAACAUGAUGUGUACAGUGUAAUUCUACAAAGGCAGUAGCGGUUGCAUUGUUAAAAUUUCUUAUUUGCAUGGAAAUUUCAUUACAGGUUUCUUCCAGUGUUGAUAAUACAUGUGUACAUGUACAUUUAGAAGGAGGUUCUGGAAUAAGGCUCUCUUUAACUUUUGAUAAAAUGCGAGAUUCUCCUUCCAAUUGCCUUGUAUAAUGUUCUUGAUAAUCAAAGAAUCUUGUACAAAUGUACUACACAAACAGUCACUUUAAGUCAUGUACCCCAUUCUUUUUGUUUCUGGGUCACCAAUCCCACAAGUACAGUGUGCCCCUUUCAUAAAACAAAAUUUCCCAAAGGCUACAGAUAGACUGUAUUUGCACAAAGGAUCAGAAAGUGUAUUUAGUCUUAUGCAGCUCCAGUAAUUUAAUAGCAGUUGGUCACUGGACAAAGGCAGACCACAUCCAAUGAAAUCUCAAUCAUUAUAGUCACACAUUUUGUCUGCCAUGGUGUAUUGUGAUUGGUUGCAGGUCCUGUACAUGUCCCCUCCCCAACCCUCUCUCUGCAAACACUGAUUUGGCAGGAAUUAAACAAAAUUUAUUAAACAUAAAGCAUUUUAUGUUCAUGGGACAAUUAUGUUUUUAUUAAAACAUGAAUUAACUAACUAAGAGAUGCAAGUAUGCUGUCAUUUAUCUGACCUGACUUUUUUUUGUUUUGCAGUGUAGGAAAAAAGUUGAAAGAAUAAGUAAAAAUCACAUUGUCAAUAAUCUUGUAGAAGCAUUUCUUAGAGAACACCCAGGUUAGUUUACUUCAUUAUCUUUUGCUAUUACAUUCAUCUUUAUUUGAUAGAUUCUUUUGUAAAGAAAAACAAAAUAUUUUACGUUAUUUUAAGUCAGACUUGUAGCAUUAAUACUUAGCAUUAGUCCAUAUGUUAUCUCUCUUGCAUACUGAGAAAGUUUACAUUCAAGCACUAAAUUAUUCUCAAAAGAAUAUAUAAACAAUAACUAAUUAUGAGAACUUGACAAGUCUUUAACCUUUAUCUUAGUCCUAGACUUUAUUUUAGCCUAAAUCACAUUUCUAUUACUUUAUAAAACACUGUAAUUAUUGAUUUUAUAUUUCCUUAUUUAUUUAGACUUUCAGUGCAUUAAAACUACACAUACUUGUUUUGUUCUACUCACCUAGAUAAGCCCUGCUUUUUGCGAGUUAAGAGCAGUUUUGUAAAUUUCUUUUAAAAAUACUGAAAUAAACUUGAAACUUGAAUAUGUCCCUCUCUAAUCAUCUUCAACAGAAAGACAGCGGCCAGAAGAGGAACUUAGAGAGAUGGAUUCUAAAAACAAAAUAACAGAAGAUAUGGUGGGUUCAUUGCAUGCUUACAGUCUGAAUAAUCAUUAUGUUACAUCUAUUUUACUAACAAUAUUAUUAUGUCUGUUGAGAUUUCAUAAUAGUUAGGCAUUGUUGGUAUUGCAUGUAUAUUUUUUUGGCAUGAAACUUUAACCAUAUGUAUAUGUAAAAUUCUCCUUGGAGGGUCGCCAAUAGGGUUAUUUUAUACCGUCUUGAACCCAACUCAAAGUUUUGCUUUUGAUGGCUACAUGUAUUUUUGGCAUUCAGCAUCCCGUGCAGUACAAUGUACUUUCAAUCCUGAAACUCUUCAGGGCCUUUAAAUAAUGCAAAUUCCAAAUCCUGAAGAAGACUUAUUGGGGGUCCACCUUCUCCUUGAUCUGCAUAUCAAUUUUUUGCAUCAAAUUUACAGGUAUAAUGACAGCUGAAUUCAAUAAUAAUAAUUGCUAAUUGAUGACUGUUGAUUUAAUUUCUCUCGUACUUUUUAUAAGCAAGUCCUGUUAAUGCGUCAGCAAUUCAAAUGAGAAAUUUACCAGAUCUCACUUUUAUGGAGUUUGUUUCCACUUUGCACAAUUAUUUUGUGUUAAUUGUGCCAACUAUUUUUGACAGUUUAUUCUGCACUUCUUGACUUUAUGAGAGUGUACAUUGUUUUUAUCCAGUUUAUUCACUUUUAUUCAUCAAAGAAGUUAUGCAUAGUUUUAGUAAUCACAGUGACUCCAUUAGUGCAAAAAUAUUUACACUGUAUUUGUUCACUAAACAGAACAACCUAUUGAAACUUUGCCCCAAUUCCAAUAUCUUAUUUCUUAAUUGUUAAUUGUAGCUUAGACCAAAGCUUAGGAGAAGGUCGGGUUUAUUUGGAUUUGUUGAUGAUGAUGAUGAUGAUGAUGAUGAUGAUGAUGGGGAUGAAGAUGAUGAUGAUGAUGAUGAAGAUGAUGAAAGUGAAGACACAGAUGAAGCAGAGCCUUGGGGGUAGGAAACAGUAAAGUUUCAUACAGUCAAAUCCCAUGAUAAUUAUAUAGAUUUAGACAAGGCUUAGGGCAGAGCUCCCAUUAAUGAAAAAAACAUAGCAACAAAGAAAUCCAAUAAUUAGAGUUGAGCUUGCGAUCAGUUGAAAACAAGAAACUUGUUAGUGGUAAACUUAAAAAAACAUGUACCAGUAACCUUGAGGGGUCGACUGAGCCCACAGUAUGGUCCGUGAUACUGGUCAGCAGAUACCCUGUUUUGACAGCUGCCAAUUGACUACGACAAGGAUGUGCAAUAUCAGGUGGCAGGCUACCACACUAGCUAGAAAGUGUACCAUUUCACAUUGGUUGCCCUGUGGUGGAGUUGGGCAGAUGGACAUAUGGUCACGUGACUACCAAAAUUUUCUUGGAUGGAUAGGUAACCAAGUGCACAAAAAAAGGACACUGAGGGGGUCAUACAUGUAGAAAAAGUCCAGGUUAAUGGGGUGUCUAUAAUGAGUAGGUUGGAUUUACAGAAAAUAGGAAGGCUUUUUCCCAAGAGACAAAGCAAACUGUCUGUAGUAAUGAGAUGUCCGUAAAGAUGGGUUUCACUGUCUUGUAACACAGUUAAGGAAGGCUGACAAGGGCUAAAAUAUUAUUGAUUUGUUUAUUCAUUUAUUUAUUCAUUUUAUUGUUUGAGCUUCAGGGUUGUGGCUAAAGUAUCAAGUUGCCUUAUAAAUGCAAUUAUUGAAUUAGUUGGAAGGGGAAUUGUACAGUUGGAAGUUCUUUUGGUUCUAUUUUCCUUUUGUUUUCUAUGAAAGUGGCCGGAGUUCAUGCUCAUAGUAGCCAGGGAAAAUCCCCCCCUACCCCCAGCUCUUAUAUAGUGGUAGCCCUGAGCUUGCUGUAUGAACUUACAUUCCUCUAUACAACACACUCUGCAAAUCCUCAGGCUAGACUCAGGUUUGUCUUUUUUUUCAUGAUAUGAACACGAUAGCUUAGUUUGUGACAAAAAAGAAGCUUUUUAAAAUAUGGAACAUAAUGUUUUGAUUGCUUAAGUACUACGGGUUUUAAAACAAUUCAUUAGUUCAUGGUAUUUGUCCCCUCUCCUUCACAAAAACUGCCCGAUCAUAGGUUUAAAUUUACUGUUUUGUAAUGUUAGGAGAACUGUGUGCCAUUAAUGAUUUCCAACCUCAACACUGGUUUGUCAUGGUUCUGUCGUUGACACAUGAAAACAAUAAUAUCUUUACCAAUAAAUAUUAUGAAUCAUCAAAUGUUAACUUUAUUCAUUAUUGUACCAAAGGGCCAUCUAAGUUAGUCUUUCUUAUCCAAACUAUUGGUCAAAUUGUCAAAUUUCUUUUUAUGCAGUAUCUUCUUCAUUUCUGUGAUCUAAGGAUAUAAUUAUAAUUAUUUCUAAACACCAAAAACUAUUUUUCAGCAUGCCCAUCACAAUGUCUUCAACUUCUUUUGGGGGGCUUUUUGGUUUCUCUUCAUCGAGGUUUGUAGCUACAAGAAACCUUCAUUUGAAAAAUUAAUUUUUUCUGUUCAUUCAUUUACCUGAUUAUGUCAGGGUUUAUAUUGUCACCUGAAGAAGGCUUGAUUUAAAACCAUAAUUAUUUUUUUCCUUCAUUGAUAUUGUGGUUAAGUUGAUCAGGGAUUUCAUGAAUUGCAAAAUAAUUGAUUUUAGAAUGACUUUCCAACAUCAGUCAGAAUAAGAACUUUUCUUGUUUUAUUGUAUUUUUAUCUUUGUACAAUCCGGGUCUAAAUCCACUUUUAAAAAUUUUGCUGGAAUUUUGUGUCUUUUGCAUUCUUGAUUUUUGCAUUUAGUAAUAGUAAUUCAACAAUGUUGAGAGGGAAAUCAAUAUGAAUAAGUAAUACAUGCAAAUUUUAAUAAUUGUCAUUUAAUUAUUAUUAUUUGUGCGUGUACAGUCAACUCUCUUGUACACUGUAGAUGGACACUUUUACGACCAGCAACAUUACAACAACAACAUCAUCAGUUUUUUCAGUUUUCAAAUAAUUUAAGACUAUCUUACCCACAAUUAGCAGAGCUAUUCUACUGUUAGUAAUAAUAAUAAUAAUAAUUAAAAAUAUUAUUUAUAACGCGCCUUUUCCAUGCAAAUAUGAUCAAAAGCGCGUAACACGUAAAUGUUAAAAGAAAAUAAAAGCUAAACUGAGCAAAAUAAUUAAGGCUAAGAAUAAACAACGCUAAAAAUUAAAUGAAGAUAAAAAUUGCUAAAUAUAUUACAUAGUAGGUUAAAAAAUUACAUAUCAAAAUCUAGUCUAAAAAGAUGCGUUUUAAGUAAAGAUUUAAAACGUUCAAAAUUGUCCUCAAGACGGAUGUUAAGGGGCUGAUUGUUCCAUAAAUAAGGGGCAGCAGAUGAAAAAGCACGAUCCCCUAAAGUCUUUUUCUGUUUUAAACUAGGAUACUUUAAGAUAAGACCGCUGGCUGAACGGAGAUUAUAGCGCGGCUGUUCUUUAAUAGCAAUCAAAUUGAUCAAGUAACCAGGCGUGUGACCGUAGAUAGCUUUAAAAGUAAAAAGAAGUAUUUUAAAAUCAAUACGAAAUUUGACAGGAAGCCAAUGUAAUGAACAUAGUACUGGUGUUAUGUGACUGUAGCGAGGGACAUUAGAUAUAAGCCGAGCAGCUGCAUUCUGCAAGCGUUGCAGUUUAAGUAGAUGAACAGAGGGUAAACCAAAUAAAAGGCUGUUGCAGUAAUCUAUACGACCAAUGAUAAAAGCAUGGACCAAAGUUCGUGCAGACUCCUGGGACAGAUAUUUUCGGAUACGCCGAAUAUUGUAUAAAUGGAAAAACCCAGAUUUACAAGUUUUGUGGAUCUGUUCCUGGAGAUUCAAGUUAGAAUCGAACCAUGUCCCUAAAUUUCUUGCCACAGUGACAGGAGCAACGUCAACGCUUCCUACGGUAAGGCAAUCAAUAUUUACUUUGGAAAGUUUUUGUUUUGUACCAAUCAACAUGAACUCAGUUUUGUCAUCAUUAAGUUUGAGCUUAUCCGUAAGCAUCCACGUACGAAUGUCCGUUAUACAGCGUUCCAUGGCAGGACUAAACGACAGGUAAAGCUGAGUGUCAUCGGCAUAGGCAUGAGCUUCAGGUAGAUGGUAUUUGAUGACUUCAAACAGUUUGCUGGAAUAAAUGGUAAACAACAAUGGCCCCAGACACGAUCCUUGUGGAACGCCAUAAGGAAGCGUAAAACUGUCAGAUGUAAAGCCAUUUAGCGAGACUCGUUGAGACCUGUUGUCAAGAUAAGACGUAAACCAAUUAAGGGCGAUGCCAUUAAUGCCGAUACUUGACUUAAGACGAGCAAGGAGGAUAUUGUGGUCAACAGUGUCAAACGCUGCGCUCAAAUCGAGGAAAACUAGAAGAGUUACAUGCUUGCGAUUCAUAUUCAUGAGAAUGUCAUUUUGUACCUUCAGUAGCGCUGUUUCUGUGCUGUGACCCUUUCGGUAAGCGGAUUGCGAGGUUGGAUAAAGGGCAAAUCGACUCAUAUGACUGUGAAUUUGGUCGAAAACAGCGCGCUCUGUCAAUUUUGAUAUAAAGUCCAAGUUACUGACAGGGCGAAGGUUAUUCAACUGCGUCGGGUCUAAGCCAGGUUUCUUAAGGAUCGGAGUAACCAGAGCUUCUUUCCACUCCUCCCUCAGAGAAAUGGCCGCAUGAUAGCGAAAGAUUUAUAAUUCGUGAAAUAACAGGCAACAGCAGGUCAAGGCAGCCAACAACCAGAGAAGUUGGCGUCGGAUCCAACGGGCAGGACUUCUUAGCAGACUUACGGAUGAGCGCGGAGACGUCGUUUUCCGAGAGUGGUUGAAAGGAAUGAAAAGCAUGCGCAGCAUCUACUUCCUGAUCAGGAGGUAGCGCAUUGCGCGCGCUUGGAUCGAUGUCUACGACGUCAAUAUCAAAACGAAUUCUAUCUAUCUUUCGAACGAAAAAACCGCCGAUGUCAUUGGCUAGUUUUGAUUUGUCCUGAUAAUUAGGAAACGAAAACUCCUCUUUCUUAGCAAGGAGUUGUUUGGUUGCUCUGAAUAAUCUUUUAUGGUCUGUGCUAUUCUGAUCAAUAAAGUUAGUGUAAAAUGCCUGCCUGGCCUGGUUCAUGAGGUACGUCACGUGGUUUCAGUAAGACUUGAAAAUAUUCAAGUCAGACACAGAUCUCGUUCUCCUCCAGGUUCUCUCAGCCUUACGUCUCAAGCGUUUAGCGUCCUUUAUCUCGUCGUUGUACCAAGGCACUGCAGGUCUAACUUUCACAGUCUUAGUCUUAAGUGGGGCGUGACAAUCAAUUACUUUAGAAAGUGUAGUGUUGUAUCUGCGUACAAGAGCAUCCAGGUCACGUGGAUCUUCUGAGUGAAGAUGCACUUGCAGAUCCGGUGGAUCACUACAUAACAAGGAGUCAGAUAAGUCCCGCUUAAGAGAUUCAAGAUCGACGGAUUUCAGCUUUCUGUAGACAACGUUCUUAGUAGUCAUGCAAGUGUACAAUAAACAGAUGCGUGGUCAGAGAUAAAGCAAUCAACUACAGGGACCUUAUUGAAGAUGUCAUCGUUGGAACGGGUGAUAACGAGAUCAAGUGUGUGACCAUGAAUUUGCGUUGGCUCAGUGAUGUGUAGCUGGAGGCCAACAGACUGUAAAAGAUCUAGUAGUUUGACUGAAUCAGGAUCAUGGGGGACAUCAACGUGAAUAUUAAAGUCACCAGCAAACACAAGAUGCUCUUUGGAGAGAAGUAUGGAUUUUAGGUAGGUAGAGAACUCCGUGAAGAAAUCAUUAGUUGAGACUCUGUGAUCAGCUGAAUAAGGUGGACGAUAAAGAAGGACAAGCCGAAGAUUGAGCGAAGGUGAUGAGAUUGUCCAUUCGGAGUAUUCAAAGGAUUCUUUCUCGCCAGUAUCAAUCCUUCUGACAGAUAGCGAAUCACGGUAUAUCAAGGCCACUCCGCCACCACGACGACCAGUACGUGGGCGAUCAGAAAUUUUGUAUCCGACCGGGCUGACCGGGCACAAUUCAGCUCGCACAGCAGCGUCGUCAGUAGUCAGCCAAGUCUCAGUGAUCGCAACAAGGUCAGCCUUACAGUCGCAUAUAUAAUCAAAAAGGUCACCAGUCUUAUUUUUAACAGAACGAGCAUUUAGCAAGCACAGCGACAAGUGUUUGUCUGCUACAAUCGGAGCCAAGGCAGAAUAACGACGAACGCUAAUUAAAUUGCUAAUAUUCCGCGACGAAGAUGACAGUUGAGUUUCAUGGUUAUGACUACUGCGAGUUGAAACAAUCACCGGGAUUCCUUUUGGUCCAGGAUUCAAUUUAAAUACCAAAUCACCAAUUAGCAAUGGAUGGAACGAUGCCGAUGUGUUGGAAUAAUAUGCACAAGGACACCUGUAACGCCUGAUCCUAGGCCGUCUGAAGAAUAUAGGAUAAUUAGCCGGUAUAUACACCAAACAAGCAUUGCUAUGAUGAGAAGGUGCGAUGGUGUUGUUCCAACACCAACAAGACAAUGGGUAAUCAACAGCAAUUCCGUAAGCAUUGUUCACAGGCUGGGCCAAGCAACGUAGAUUUGUCAGAGUCGGCAAUGUAGAGCAAGGUAAAACCGACUUUUUUUCUCCGAAUUGCUUGAAUCCAAACUCGAAAUAACUUCUGCAGAGGUACCGAACUGUGACAAGUUGCUUUAGAUAUUCUCCGUCAGGAUAAAGGCACUGAAGGGGUAGUAGAAAGAGCAAAAAACCGCAGAUGGAAACAACACGUCCGUCCUUCAUUGUAUAUUCAGAGUCAUAUUCAGUGUAUAUUCAUCGAUAUUCAGAGUCAUUCAGAGUCAUUAGUGGACAACAAUAAAAUAGUUGUCUCCAAAAAGAAAGUAACUGUAAGUAAAGAGAAAGCAAUUGGAAAUAAUAAUAGUACAUGGUAAAACUGUGACAAGUACGACACUAAAAUAAAACUAUAGAUAUAAGGAAGGAAAUCACUUAAACUGAAUAAGGAGUUGAGGUAGGAACUGGUAAUGGCACUCAUAUUAGCCUGUUCCAGGCGUUCAGAUAGUAGAGCGCGGCAGUAAGUGGGGAGCGAGUUAAGUUGUACUAUCUGAACGCCUGGAACAGGCUAUACUCAUAUAAACAUACACCUCCUCAGACUCCAAAGCCUUGACCAGUUAUGUAUUAGAGAGAUGUCCGUCUUACUGAAAGUCAAAAAAUGGAGUAAAGAAAGGUAGAGACCAACUCUAUGUGUCCGUUUUACACUGGUGUCCGUCUUAUAGAGGUGCCUGUUAAGAGAGAGUCAACUGUACAUGACAAACUGUAUUUCAGUAACAGCUUCUGAAUGCUUAUUAUGGAAAGAGGUUAUGACUUAUUUCAUUUUUAAAACAUUACAGGCCCGCUCCCACAAGCUGUAAGCUGUGCCCUGAUUACAUUUCACCUUCUGUUGCAUCUGGUGCCUGUGCUGCCAGCAUUGGUGAAAGUGCCAGUAAGUUACCUGAGGUCUCUGAAAUAUUAACUUGGGAGUUAAGCUUUAGAAAGGUCCACAAAUUAAGGAAUAAUAAUAUUGAUUAAUAAUAUUAAAUAACCAAAUAAUUAAUGAAAAAUAUAAAUUGAUAUUAAUGAUUUAAUUAAUUAAUUGUAACAACAACAAAAUUCUUAAACCUGAUUGGCUAUCAGCUGUCGUAAUUUCAACAUUAAUAGGACAUUGAAAUAGGACAGUAUGUGUCAUGUCUAAGUAACUGGACAGUAUGUGCUAUUACAUGUGUGCACUUGAAUGGUAUUUAAAUUUUUUCAUUGUGAUUAUAGGCUGAAUUGAACUCCACUCAGUCCUAUUUCUAUUAUUAAUAACAUUAUUAUAUCGGUAAUUCUGUAAGAAUAGAUUAUUUAAUUUUGGAGGGCAACAUAGAAAUAACUGCCCAAAAUGAUGAAAUGUACUGUACCGGUGUUUAAAACAACAACAAUACCAAGGUCAAAGCCAAAGUCAAAGUCAUGUAUAUUUUCAGUAAAUCCUUGGAAUAAUUUUGUUUACUAGGAUGACUAAUAUUGAAUGGUAACUAAAUAUGAGUCAUUUGAUUAUUUCCAUUCGAAGUGAACUAGGCCAUCUUGACACACAUUCUUUAAGCCCAACCUCAGAAUUACGCUAUGGCAGAAUCUUAUAUUAACUGUGAUUGCCUUUACAUGAAAUGAACAGCCAGCCUAAUCGAUAUUUUUAUUUCCUAAGGUUCUGUUAGCAGUGAUAUUCAUAAUUUUCAGUUUAUAUUUUGGUUCAAGACAGAUCCACAUGGUCUGAUCCAGGUGAUUUUAUUAUCGUUCAACACUUAAAACAAUGAUACUGUUUUUCAGGUACAUCAACGAGCAUAACCCUCCCAGACUACACAUGUAGUCUAGAUCAAGUGCAUGUGGUGUGUCAUUGCUGUAUACAGCUCAUGCCAUACGACUGGCCUGACUCAAUAAUAGCAAGCGUACCAGCACAGAAAUGUAAGUUUGAGCAACGAUUAAGGCAUGGCAUUAGUUCUGUGUAUUUGAGUUAAUCAGUUCAAUUUUAAACUAAGUAUCUUUAGCAAGUCAUUUGUUGUCCAUCAUCGUAGAUACUCUAAGAGAAAUCAUAAAUAUUUGACCUAGCAACCUCUGCAUUGGUAGACCAAGCCCAAACUGUGGUGAAAGAUAAUAGGGAGUUUACGCAAUGACGUUUUGAAGGACUUCUUGCUCUCUGGAGCCAUGAUUUAGGAAAAGUUUGGGCAAAUCAUCUCUUUAAGAGUAAAGACACUUAGCAGUGCUUAGUCAUGUCAAAUCAUAUUAAAAGAGAAAAAGGCUUAUUUCCGGUUGACAUGCAAUGUUCAAAAACAUCGCUGCUUAAACUCCCUGUUAGACUACGAGUAGUCCCCCAUUUUUCCUCAGGGAUAGUAGAGCGAGCGAAACGCGAGCGCGCGUGAAAAUCACCCUACGCGAGAAAAGGCAACACGCGGCUCGCGUGGGGUGAUUUUCACGCGCGCUCGCGUUUCGCUCACUCUACUAUCCCUGAGGAAAAAUGGGAGACUACUCGUAGUCUAACUCCCUGUUGACCAGUGCUGAAGAGUGCUGAGGAGUAAGAGGUUUUUUUCACACUUACAUGUAUCAAAAAGUAAUCGGCUCCUGGUAUCAUCCAUUGCACGUCCUUCUCUGCCCCAUCCUGGACAUCGCCUUGUUUGAGAGAGGCAUGUCUUAUUGCAAUACUUUACACUGUAAGCCAGAAUGUUUGAAUAUUAUUCUUUAUUUUUAUACAGUAUUUUCUUUUUUUUUUCAAUUUCGUCAGGUGAAAUAUGUUCAAAACAUUAUUGUCAUCUUUUAUUUGGUUGCCGCAAGGCUGGAUGUCUAGGAUGCCUCAAUAAAUUUAAAGGUACACUGAUGUAUCCUCAAUGUUGGUUUCAGAUUUCCUGUUUUAUGGUACGAUUUAUUAUGAAAAAAACCAUUUUAGUUCACGUUAAAAUAAGAAAACAUUGAGGGUCUCUCUCUCUCUCUCUCUCCUUGGCCUUUCCUUAGAGGAGGGGAGGGGUGGGAGUUGAAGGUACAGCUUUUUUAAAAAACGCUUCUGACUAGAAUAGUUAUCAUAGCCCUUCAUGAAAAAGUGCGCUGUCCAUACAGUGGCCGAUUUUUAAAUUGAGUUAUUCAAACUGUCCACAUUCAAUUUGUACCAUUUGUAUCAGCUAUGUUGCUAGCUGGUUCUAAUUUUUGGGAUUUUUUCAGCCAUCCGCAAAAAUAAGUGCCCGCAAAUAAAAACUUUUUACCACAAAAAUUUACUCCAGUGUAAUUCGCUACACAAAAAUACAGUACUAAGAAAUCGUCUGUUAGAUUAUAACGUGCCUCUUUCGUUCAGAAACAAAGCGGUUUGCAAUGAAAUACUGGUUUUACAUAGUACAAGGUACGCAUACAGUAGUUUGUUUAAAAAUAUGUUUUUCUAUUGCACGCACUCAGUGAAAAACGAAAUAUUAUCAAUACUUAACCUGAGAUCAGGCUCUAUUUUCGUUUCGCUUUGAAAAUUACAUUCCGGCGGGCAAGGCGAAAGGAAAAGAGAGCCCCAAUUUUAGUGGUAGCCGUUAGAGAGAAUGUAUGAGAACCGCUAAAGUUGGGCCUGAUCUCAGGUUAAUCAAUACUGGGUAAUGGACACUUUCUGAAAAUCGAAAAAUUAAUUCCGAGCAAGAAAAACCAAUCUGUCCUAAUCGCAAAAGUUAGUUGCCGCAAAACACAAAAAUUGCUAAUCCGCAAAAAUAAACUCCCGCAAAAAUUUCGUGCCGCACGGUAUAUAUUAUACUUUGUCCUAUUAUUUUUGAAGAUGUAUUUUGUUUUACCAAUGUUGGUCAAUGUAGAACUGUUUCAUUCAGAUUGUGACCUUUGAAUAUGUUCUUGUUUGCUUAAUUUAUGAGUGGUUAAUUCCACUGAGAAAAACACGCUAUCUUCGUUGAGAAUUAAAGCAAAGCAUUCUAUUUAAUAGAGUUGAAGAGUAAAUGAGUUUAUUUGGUAGAGGGCAUUACUUCGAGUGGAUACGUUUGAAGCCUACAAUUUUCUGUUAGCACCUUAAUCUUAAGCAAAACUGAGGCCUCAAGAAAAAACAAUUAAAAAUGUUUUUCAAGAGCGCUUGCUACCUGUUAUCUCAACGUGUGCACGGCUUUCUCCUCCCCCGCCCCUGUCUGAUCUGCUGGUGGCUUUGUCUUAACAUUACAACAGAUUUUAUUCCUACAAGAGCAAAUUUUUUAUUAUUUUAAUUUCAAAUUCGUUUCAGACUUCAAGGUUGGAGAAACCAAUCUUUCAUCAUUGAUAAACAACAACCCUUAUGAAUCCAGAAUACUAAAGGUAAGGACAGAUUUCAUUCAGGUUUACAUUCCAGUAGUUUAUAUAUAAGUGAUUAAAAGUUAUUAUUCUUUAGAUCAUUGCCAAGAAAAAUCUGGUUUGGAUAAUAUAACAUAACAUUUCACAAAGUUUUUUUUCUAGAUUCUUGACCCUUCAAGAAUAUAAAUACAGGGCUGUUUCCUAAGGCCCGGGGAUCCGGUGAUUUUCCCCGGCUGCUGCAUGUGAGCGUUAUCCCUGGAUACUUUCAUAGGAAAAAAAUGACAAUAGACCCCAGAGAAGUUUCUAGCUUUUCAGUUCCCCGCCUACACGUACUUAAUGCAUUUACCCGGUAAGGCCAAGUCCUACUGUCAUCCCUGUUAAUAAGUGGUUUAGUUUAACAAGCUCUAGGCGUGUUUCUUCAGAAAUUUGAUUCAAAUUAGUUUGGAAGAUAGGGCUUUGCUUCUUCUCCCAUAAGCGAUUACCUCACUUAACGCGACAAUCUAUCCAAACACUAUUUUUCCCAGUGAAAACCCUAUAAUAAGAACCUCUCGUAAGCGAGGGCGACCACCUUUGGGGUGAUGAUUUAUAAUGCGACCAUUUGACGCACUAUGGUUUGCAGUAUGUACUACACUACUAAGAGCAUACGAAGAGCUUUUAACCAUAACAUUGAACUACUCGUAUCUUGACUGACAAAUUGCAUGUAAGAAAUACUAUACUACCAAAAAGUUAAUGUCUCGGGACCUCUUCUUGAAAAAGAUUCUUGAAGUUUGUUUCCGUGUGGAGCAAGGGUAGCGGAGUGGUGAGAGCACUCGCCUCCCACUAGGGGUGUAACGAUCCAUAUUCCUUGCGAUUCAAUAUUAUUCAAUUCGAUUUCGAUUAUUGUCUUUCGAUUUCGAUUAUUUCGAUUCUAUUAUGUAAAUGUUUCUUAAUUCUUAUAACAUGCAACCCUAAACCCUCAAUUUGAGAAUAGUAACAGCGACAGGAGGAUUCACAGUCGCUUGGUUCGUCGCCAUGUUUGAGAACCUGACAAAGAUGGUUUGCGUUAUUUGGAAAUUCUCAAGGGGUGGUUGAAGGACAGCAUUUUUACCAGGCAACAUAAAAUGGCGCACGAACUGCUAUCGUCUUUGCUCGUCAAUCAAAAACGCACAUUUUAAAGAGUUCUGGAUUCUGAUUUUACAAUAUAACAACUUCACUGAGGGCACCCUAGAAAAGGUAUGCAAAAAUCGAAGCAAAAUCGAAAUGUGGAAACAAAGAAUCGUGAAUCGAACCGAACGGUCAUAAUCGCGAAUAAUCGAGAAUUCGAUUAAUCGUUACACCACUAUCUCCCGCCAAUGUGGCCAGGGUUCGAAUCCCGACGUCGACGCCAUAUGUGGGUUGAGUUUGUUGUUGGUUCUCUUCUUUGCUCCGUGAGGUUCAGUUUUCUCCGGGUACUCCGGUUUUCCCUUCUCCUCAAAAACCAAUACUUUUAAAUUCCAAGUCGAUCUGGAACGCACGGACAUAUUUAAACGAGUUCAUAAGAACUCCUAAGUGCUUCGUGGGCAAACAAAUUACAAUUUACGUUUUUUUAAUUCUGGUAAUCAACCACCUCCCGCAAGCGACCACUAAAUAUUUUUAUUUUGGGUGGUCGCUUUAGAAGGUUUGUUUGUACUAACAAUAUGCUACAUGCUCAUCACUGUUAAAGUAGAGAAAUGUUAUUUUGCUUUUGUGUCAACAGGAUUAUCUGACAGAGCAAAGCCUUAGCAAAGAAGACUUGGUACAAAAAUGCCUUCAAAAGUUGGAUGCUAAAGAGUACUCCACCAUUGGUAAGAUAACAUUCACUUCAUCUUGGGAGACACCUGUCAAACGGUGCCUGAGUUAGACAUGAUAACAGCGGCUAUGUCAGGCUGUUUGUUGCUUUUUUGCCCAGUUAAAUUGUUUCUUCGCGUCAGUUGGGUAACUAAAAUAGUUUUAUUAUUUGAGCCUAUAUUUAGGUACUAAAACUGUUUCCUGUCGACUAUUGCUUUCUAUGACAAGAAUGGUAAUGGAUUGUAUCUUUAAAAAAAUUGGGCAAAUUUUAUCAAGUUUUAAUGCCAUGUCUACAAAAAUCACUACAUGCAAACUCCAACAGCAGACAGUGUAAAUAUGACUCUUAACAGGAGAUUUUUGAUUGUAUGCUCGAUUUUUAGAUGGGGCGUCCCACAAUCUAACAUCCUCCACAGUUCUCUGCUACAGAUGUGCACUUCGUAACCUACAGGAGCUCGCGUACCAGUUUCGCCGUGACAUUCCGAGGGAUCAGUUACCCGGU